CACCAAAUCAGCCCACAGUUUAAAACCAAUUUUCUCCUCCUCAAAAAUCUCCUCAGAAUCAUAUUCUAUUACUUCAUCUUAAACUCAUCAUCAAUACAUGCAUGAAUAGAACCAUAUUGUGUAGUAGCAAUCAAACAAAAUUUCUUGCCUUUUUUCUCACAAGAAUAUUACCAUUCUAUAAUCUUCUUCUGCUCUUUAAUUUAUAGGACACUUACCAAAUCUCUCUCACUCAAGUCUCAUACCACAAGAAUUCCACAAGCUGAAAAUUUGCAAAGCAAAAGAACAUCAAAUAAAACACCAAAUAAAAUGCAAUCACUUCAGCAGAAAGCUUCAGAGUAUAGUGGGGUUGACACAAAUGAUGCUCUUUCAAUUGAUGACACUAAUCUUUUCGAGAAAUUGGGCCUUCAAACUUUCAUUGAUCUCUCUACCAACUUUUAUACCAGGGUUUAUGAUGAUGAGGAAGAAUGGUUUAGGUCAAUUUUUGCAAAUUCGAAGAAAGAGGACGCAAUUCAGAAUCAAUAUGAGUUCUUUGUGCAGAGAAUGGGUGGCCCAUCUCUGUUUUCUCAGAGAAGAGGUCACCCAGCGUUGAUUGCACGUCACAAGCCCUUUCCGGUGACUCACCAAGCAGCAGCAAGGUGGUUGCAUCACAUGCAACAAGCCCUGGACACAACUCCUGACAUUGAUCCUGAUUCAAAGACUAAGAUGAUGAACUUCUUCAGGCACACAGCAUAUUUUCUGGUAGCAGGAGAUGAGUUAAAAACUAAACAUCAACAAGUUACAUGCUCAUGCAAGCAUCAUGGAACUAAGAAACCUUCUGAAGAAUCAUCAUAAGGAAAUAUUCCCUUGAUUAAUAAGUUUUGCUGGCAUUUUUCAUGCCAUUUAUUUGAGCUGGUUGACCUCAAAGCCUUGUAGUUUUAAGGAAAAUAUGGAAUCAAAAUAGCAACUAUACUUUUUUUUGCUUAGGACAAAUGAAAAUUUACACAAAUCUGAAAGAGAUGGUUCCUGGUUUCUCUCUGAGAAGUUAUCAUAAACUCGAGUUGUUUAC